CGUUAAACUAGCUUUUGCAUUCAUCAACAGUAUAUUCUCACAUAUAAGCCCACAUCAUAAAAGUAAUUUCAAUAUGGUAACAGUAAGUUAGUCUGUGGUUUUUGGUUGAGCCUUUGAAAUAUAGGCUUCGCGAAAUCUAUCGAUUUGGGGCUCGUGCCGAAAACCCACCUCCCCAUGGGCCGGCUGGCUGGUCUCCAGGGAUCGGCGGUAGUGUUUAGGGUUUAGUGUUUCGGUGUUCCAGUGUUUUAUUGUCUGCUGUUUUAUUGUCUGCUGUUUGCCGACACUCUCUCCUCCAAGCUGCUUCUCGAGUCACUCCAGAAGCUGACAUGACGCUUCAAGUUCACACUUCAACGCGUCGCAGUCCGCUGGAACAUGGCGGAGGAGAGCUAUACAGGAUCAGGGGAUGCAGAUGAUACAGAUGAGCUUCUCUAUACUGAUGGGGAGGACAACAGAAGCAUGUUGGACCUGAAUCCUCUUCCGCUGAGACUUGACCCCUGUGACCUGCUGAUGGACUCGAUAGAUGUUCAACUGAGUCGACUUCAGGUGCAGAAUCAGAAAAACCAGGAGAGUUCAGGAGGUCUCAGUGGCUGUGAUGAAGCUCCUUUCAGCCGGCGGCGCUCAGGGAGCAGAGACACCGGCCUUGGAACACCAACCACCAGCCCCCCGAUAUCCUGUCUGCAGCCUGGGCCCCGCGAGGCCAAGGGACCGGCCCCAGGAAAGACGAGGCCGGACGUCUCUCAGGGAGCCCCCCCAUGCCCCCUCCAGAGGGGAGCGCAGCCUGGACGGGCCUGUAGGAGCAGGGAGCAGGAGGAGGCUGAGGAAGGGGCGGAGUCCCGCAGAGAGCAGUGCCUUUGGAGGCUGGGCCGCCUGCUAGGGGACCCCUUUGUUGCUGCAGGAGUAGGAAGGACUCCUACUCCUCCUCCUCUACAGCCGGACAGCCUCUGCACCGAGGACCUCCUCCGUUGCUCCGCAGAGGAGAGGGAGGCCCCUCCCAGGGGGUCCGGGAGCAGGGAGACGUGGUGGACGUGA